AUGAAGUUCUCAACUGCAGCUAUUAUUGUCAUUACCCUCACAACAACAACUCUGGCCCUUGCUGCCUCCAUCCCUAUCAGGAUGCCAAAGGGUCCAGUAAAGCCUGACUCAUACAUCAUUAAGCUGAAAUCUGGUGCAAAUUUAGAAGACCAUAUCGAAAGUAUUACUCGGAUAUCCACCCAGAACCCUGGGUCAAAAUUCUUAGUCACUUACCGGUAUCAGAUCCUGAAUGGCUAUUCAGUAUAUGCAACUGGAACACCCCUUAGUUGCAUUCUCAUUUGCUCUGAAGUUGACUAUGUCGAAGCAGAUGUCACAACUUCCAGUGACAAUGAUGUCCACCAUGUGAAUGAAAGGGAUGUGGCAGAGAGCGAUGACAUUGCUGUUGAAAUGGAGGAUGAGGAUGACCCAGUUGGACUCAAAGCACGUGUAACUGGGCAGGAAGUAAUGGUUUUCAUAAUCGCUACUGGAGUUUUUACAUCCCACAACAGCCUCAGUGGUGAUGAAAUUGAUGAGUUUGGCCAGCUUGUACCGCGGGUUGCUCCUGGUCCGGGCUUCGGUUACCGUUAUUCAACUUUGGGGGAUGAGGAUGGCCUGGGCACAUUUUUGGCUGGGUUGGCAAUAGGGAUCGGUUAUAGCGUUGCACCAACUGCCAUGGCUAUUUCACUCAAAGUCUGCAAAUCCCAUUUAAACGUGCGCUCCAUCAACAUACUCAAAGCCAUCGAAUAUGCCUACAAACAAUUUCAAAAGACUCCUGAACUUUUGACCAUCGUUCUGAUAACUGCCAACCUACGAUACAGUCAGGCAAUUAAUGAUGCCAUCACUCUGGCCACCAACCAUGGGUUGUAUGUGGUAGUUGCUGCUGGGGAUGGCCGCAUGGAUGCAAGCUUUUCCAGUCCUGCAUCUGCUCCCGGAGCUAUCACUGUUGGUGCUGUUGACUGCUUCCACAACUUCCUAUCCAUAUCCAACUAUGGACCGCUUGUUGAUGUUUUUGCUGAUGGUUUCAAUGCUCAAAGUGCUUGGAUUGGCCGUGUGGAUGCAAUAAAUAGCUUGACUGGCACUGGCCCGGCAGCUGCACGUGUUGCAUCCAUAUUAGCUGAUGCUUUACAUCGAGCUGAAAAUAAGCAGCUGACUCCUGCUCAAAUACUUAGAAAAAUGCAGGAUAAUGCUGCACCAGUAGUUAAAGGCCAACCAGAGGGAACUAGAAACUAUCUGGCACAAGUUGGGUGGUGA